GUUGCGGUCCGCGGCCCUGACUUCGGGGCCUCAGGGAGCUCCAGUGCAGUCUGCGCCUGUCAGUCCCGGCAGUCGUCCGCCGCGCCGGCCCCCGUCCCGCACUGGUGCAGCCAUGUCCUCUUCACUGUGGGAGCCUGCGCCCCUGCGCCGGGUCUUCGUGGUGGGGGUUGGCAUGACCAAGUUCGUGAGGCCUGGAGCUGAGAAUUCAAGAGACUACCCUGACUUGGCAGGAGAAGCAGGCCAGAAGGCUUUAGCUGAUGCACAGAUCCCUUAUUCAGCAGUGGGGCAGUCACGAGUAUUAAAAUUUUUGUUUUUCUAUUCAGGUGACUCUACCUGUGGGCAGAGGGCUAUCUAUCACAGUUUGGGAAUGACUGGAAUUCCUAUAAUCAAUGUCAACAAUAACUGCUCUACUGGUUCUACUGCUUUGUUUAUGGCCCGCCAGCUGAUUCAGGGUGGUGUGGCAGAAUGUGUCUUGGCUCUUGGGUUUGAGAAGAUGAGUAAGGGAAGCCUUGGAAUAAAAGUACGGGUCGGCGCAAAUGAGUCGUUGAUGCCAAGGUGUCGUUCGCAGUUGGGUUUGACUGUGCAGGCGCGAGGGUGUAGGGAUUCGAACUGCGUGAUGGUGGGGAGACGGUUGUGGAGCCACAAAAGUGGGAAGGAUGCUACCAAGUGUGAGGAGGCGGCCGGCUGCAGGUUCCUGCCCAGUGAGCGUUUGUUAAGUAUGAGCGCGUUGGACAGCCAGGAUGUCGAGGUUGUGUGUCGUGGUGUGUGUUGCAAGGCGCUUCUUGUGUCUUGCCUCCUAGAUGUGUGUUGGUAUGCUGGAAAAGAACAUAUGGAAAAAUAUGGAACAAAAAUUGAACACUUUGCAAAAAUUGGAUGGAAAAAUCAUAAACAUUCAGUUAAUAACCCGUAUUCCCAGUUCCAAGAUGAAUACAGUUUAGAUGAAGUGAUGGCAUCUAAAAAAGUUUUUGAUUUUUUGACUAUCUUACAAUGUUGUCCCACUUCAGAUGGUGCUGCAGCAGCAAUUUUGGCCAGUGAAGCAUUUGUACAGAAGUAUGGCCUGCAAUCCAAAGCUGUGGAAAUUUUGGCACAAGAAAUGAUGACUGAUUUGCCAAGCUCGUUUGAAGAAAAGAGCGUUAUUAAAAUGGUUGGCUUUGAUAUGAGUAAAGAAGCUGCAAGAAAAUGCUAUGAGAAAUCUGGCCUGACACCAAAUGAUAUUGACGUAAUAGAACUUCACGAUUGCUUUUCUACCAACGAACUCCUUACUUAUGAAGCAUUGGGACUCUGUCCAGAAGGACAAGGUGCAACACUGGUUGAUAGAGGAGAUAAUACAUAUGGAGGAAAGUGGGUUAUAAAUCCUAGUGGUGGACUGAUUUCAAAGGGACACCCACUAGGAGCUACAGGUCUUGCUCAGUGUGCAGAACUCUGCUGGCAGCUGAGAGGGGAAGCCGGAAGGAGGCAAGUUCCUGGUGCAAAGGUGGCUCUGCAGCAUAAUUUAGGCCUUGGAGGAGCUGUGGUUGUAACACUCUACAAGAUGGGUUUUCCGGAAGCCGCCAGUUCGUUUAGAACUCAUCAAAUUGAAGCGGCUCCAACCAACUCUGCAAGUGAUGGAUUUAAGGCAAAUCUUGUCUUUAAGGAGAUUGAGAAGAAACUUGAAGAGGAAGGGGAACAGUUUGUGAAGAAAAUCGGUGGUAUUUUUGCCUUCAAGGUGAAAGAUGGCCCUGGGGGUAAAGAGGCCACCUGGGUGGUGGAUGUGAAGAAUGGCAAAGGAUCAGUACUUCCUAACUCAGAUAAGAAGGCUGACUGCACAAUCACAAUGGCUGACUCAGACUUCCUGGCUUUAAUGACUGGUAAAAUGAAUCCUCAGUCGGCCUUCUUUCAAGGGAAAUUGAAAAUCACUGGCAACAUGGGUCUGGCUAUGAAGUUACAGAAUCUUCAGCUUCAGCCAGGCAACGCUAAGCUCUAAGGAACUCCCUUUGGCUACUUUGAAAAUCAAGAUGAGAUAUAUAGAUAUAUAUCCAUACAUUUCAUUGUCAGAAUUUAGACUGAAACUACACAUUGGCAAAUAGUGUGGGAUAGAUUUGUUUUUAAAUGGGUGUGACCAAUCCUGUUUUUCCUAUGCUCUGGGUGAAUAGAGCCUGAUGGUAGACUACUGCUUUGCAGAAUUGCAUACAACUGUGCAUUACAAAGUUAAUAUGGUAAUUAUGGUCUGGGGUAAAAUUGAGUUUCAGAAUAAAAUUAGGAACAGUAAAAUCCAAAGAACUAUGUAAACAAAAAAGCUUUUGUUUUGCUUACAAAGUAUAUUUAAGGAUUAUUCUGCUGAAGAUUCAAUUUAAGAGUUUUCCUUGGGAGAACUAAGUAAGAAACACAAUGCCAACAGCUGGCCAGUAAUUAGUGUUGUGCACUUAAUGUCCUUAAUCAAUUUCUCAAUAGUUCUUGAAAUUAGUGAGAUUAAGAAAAAAGUCUAAAAAUUUUGCAUGUCAUGCUAUCAGAAACAGUAUUUUCUUCCCAAAUCAAAAUAAAAGAAAUAUGAUCAGAGCUUGCACACAGGCUUGUUUUUAAAAUAAAAAUAUUUUUAAAACGGGUUUCCUUCUUGAAAAAUCAGUGUAUUAGUCAUAAAACACUAUCAUUAAGAAUAAUUGAACAAUAAAGUUUGCUUUGAGAUGCACAGUUUUCAAAUUAUAAUCUCACUUCAAAUAUAUAAAGUCCUCGGUCCUUUGUUACAAUUUCCUUUUUCAUGUAAGUUUAAUUAUCUGCAUUUAUCUUUUUUCCUAGUUUUUCUAAUACUAAUGUUAUUUCUUACAAUUCAGUGAGAUAUGGGAUAAAAUAAUGCUUUGAGAAGAAUGUUUAAUAGAAAAUUAAAAUAGCUUUUUCUGGCC